CGUGAUGCUCUGCGGCGCUGACGUAGUGACGCUGCGCCGGAAGUGAGCGCCGCCGCGGUUUGUUUUGAUGGAGACAGGACGCGGCUAAAACGGGACAAACCGGAACAAACAGGGAUAAAACGGAAUAAAACGAGGCUAAACGGGGGGAAAUAGCUUUAACCCGGGUGAAAGUGGGUUUGAAAUGGGACACGGCUCGUUUAAACCGGGACAAAACCAAAGAGACAAAGACAGAGACUCGGCGGCUUCUGCUAAAGCUAAACUGAGAUAAAGCGGGACAAAACUAAACCGGAUCUAAACGGAUCUAAACUGGGCCUAAACCGGGUGUAAGUCGUGUUUGUGGAUGUUGUGUGACUGAGGCGGGAGGAUGAUCCAUGAGCUGCUGCUCGCGCUCAGCGGGUUCCCCGGAACCAUCUUCACCUGGAACAAGCGCACGGGACUACAGGUGUGUCAGGAGCUGCCCUUCCUGCACCCGUCGGAGCUCAGUGUCCUGAAGCGUCAGUGUAAACUCGGCUCCGACUACAAACGCUUCAGCGACUUCAUCGAACAGCACACGGGACACGUGCACGCUCAGGACCUGGGGGCCUCACAGGCUCCGAGUGGACCUCAGAGCGCGGGGCCUCAGAGCGCGGGGCCUCAGAGCGCGGGGCCUCACAGCGCGGGGCCUCACAGCGCGGGGCCUCACAGCGCGGGGCUCCACGGCGUGUACCUCAGGGCGUUCUGCACGGGGCUGGACUCGAUGCUGCAGCCGUACAGACAGGCGCUCCUCGACCUGGAGCAGGAGUUCCUCGAAGAUCCUCAUCUCACCAUCUCUCACGUCAACUACAAACUGGACCAGUUCCAGUUGCUGUUUCCUUCAGUGAUGGUCGUGGUGGAGACGAUCAAAGCUCAGAAGAUUCACGGCUGUCAGAUCCUGGAGACAGUUUACAAACACAGCUGUGGAGGUUUGCCCCCCGUCCGCACGGCGCUGGAGAAGAUCCUGUGUGUGUGUCAUGGCGUGCUGUAUAAACAGUUGGCGGCCUGGAUGCUUCACGGUUUGUUGUUGGACCAACACGAGGAGUUUUUCAUUCGCCAAGGCCCCAGCGGCGCCGGCAGCUCGACCAAUCAGGACGAAGAGGAGGACGACCUGUGUCUGGGCGGACUCAGCGGAAAACAGCUGAGGGAGCUACAGGACCUGAGGCUGAUCGAGGAGGAGAACAUGUUGGCUCCGUCUCUGCAGCAGUUCUCGCUCCGCACUGAGAUGUUGCCGUCGUACAUUCCCGUCAGAGUCGCGGAGAAGAUCCUGUUUGUGGGAGAAUCCGUCCAGAUGUUUGAGAACCACAACCACAGCCCCUCCAGAGCCGGUUCUAUACUGAAACAUCGUGAGGAUGUGUUUGCGUCGGAGCUGCACAGACUCAAACAGCAGCCGCUCUUCAGUUUAGUCGACUUUGAAAACCUCAUCGACCACAUCAGGAGCACUGUGGCCGAGCAUCUCUGGACUCUGAUGGUGGAGGAGGCCGACCUGAUCGAACAGCUCAAGAUCAUUAAGGAUUUCUUUCUUCUGGGUCGUGGAGAGUUGUAUCAGGUCUUCAUAGAUCUGGCUCAGCAAAUGUUAAAGACUCCGCCCACACUGAAAACACAUUCAGACGUAAACGUGGCGUUCCAACAGGCUGCUCACAAAGUUCUCCUAGACGACGAUAACCUCCUCCCCCUGCUCCACCUCACCGUGGACUAUCAGAGCAAGGACAAAGACCCGGCCCCUGGUCCGGACUCGUCUCCUCGGGACCCCCCGGCGAGCGGGUGGGCGGCGCUGGGUUUGUCCUACAGAGUCCAGUGGCCCCUACACAUCCUGUUCACCCCCGCAGUACUGGAGAAGUAUAAUGUAGUAUUCCGGUACUUACUGAGCGUGAGAAGAGUCCAGUCACAACUGCAGCACCUGUGGGCUCUACAGAUGCAGAGGAAAAACCUGAAGUCGAGUCAAACCGACGCCCCCCAAUGGAGACUCCGGAACCACAUGGCCUUUCUCAUCGACAACCUGCAGUACUACCUACAGGUGGACGUGUUGGAGUCUCAGUUCUCGCAGCUUCUGACUCAGAUCAACUCGACUCGAGAUUUCGAGAGCAUCAGACUUUCCCACGACCACUUCCUCAGCAACCUGCUCGCCCAGACCUUCAUCCUGCUCAAACCGGUACUGAACUGUACUUCUCCUGUCUGUACUCUGUGUAGUGUGUGUACUGAUACUCUGUGUAGUGUGUGUACUGAUACUGUGUACUGUGUGUACUUUGUGUACUGUGUUCAGGGUUUCCGGAGGCAGUCGUCUCUUUUGUUUAAAAUCCUGUCGAGCGUCAGAAAUCAUCAAAUCAACUCCGACCUCGCACAACUACUACUGCGUCUGGACUACAACAAGUACUACACCUGCUCCGGGGGCACGCUGGGCAGUGUCUGAGGUUGGACCAAUCAGAGCCGAGCGUCGUCUGUGGCCCCGCCCCCUCGUCGUCUGUGGCCCCGCCCCCUCGUCGUCUGUGGUCCCCGCCUCCUCGCCAAUUGUCGUCUUUUGCAUGUUUCACUUUGUUUCAAAUAUUUAAA